CUCUGCUUCCAUCUCGGCCACAAGCUCUCAAAAGCCGGCCGAGAAGCUGCCGUUAUCAAGGCUGAGACAGCCACAGAGCCAGACAGGGGGCUCAUGACGAAUUGCAACAUUUCAGCUUGCUAGGGUGCUGCACUCCCGGACACGUCGCUCCUGCUCCUGCUCCUGCACCACGGGCACCGCACCGCACCGCACCCCUGGCCGGAUCCGAAGCCGAAGCCGCAAGAACCAACACCAACGCGGGACCAGGGCCGAGCACAGACUGCAUACGGAAUACAAGCCCCUUCAAAUUGCAGCUGACCAUGAGGCGCUGGGCAUGCGCUCUGCUACCACUGGCGCUGUCCAUCUGGACAGCAGCCGCGCUUGAAGUGAAGCUGGACCAGCACGAGAACCAAAAAUGCGCCGGCAUGUAUAGCAAGAGCUCGUGGGGCGGCCCCGUCGACCCCUUCAUCGACGUUAAGUUCACCGACACCGGCAAGGACCAGGGCGACGACCCCAUCGUCAGCCUGCUCAUAUUCGACUGGAUGGACCAGGACUACAUCGGCGUUGCCCCGCCCGGCGACCCCCAAAAGGUCGGCAUCUGCGAGCAGCAGUGGGUGGACGUCGGGCUCUGCAACAAGACCGACAUUGGCAGGUUCAUCGUCUCGCCCAACGCCACCGAGAAGUCGGUCAAUGUCAUCUUGACCAAGGCCAUGCACCUGAAGGACUCGGCUCCCAUCAAGUACCCCAUCACCAAGACGGGCUACUUCUGCGUUGUCACCGAGAACUUCCCCCCGGGCUCGGCCGGCGACUACGAGGCCAUCGUCGAGUUUCGCAACGCCUUUGGCGAGUUGCCUGCCACCCAGAUCCCCAAGCUGCCGUUCUACGGGGGCAUCACCAUUGCCUAUGCGCUGGUGUUGGUUGGCCACUACCUCAACCGGAACGGAUCCAAUGUCGGGUCUCAGGUCCUGCUGGUUGUCGUCGCCGUCCUCAACGCGGCGCGCAACUCGUUCUCCUUCUUCCUGCUCCUCAUCGUCUGCAUGGGCUAUGGCGUGGUCAAGCCGACGCUCGGCCGCACCAUGAUCUACGUCCGGUGGCUGGCCAUCGCCCACUUCGUCUUCGGCAUCGUCUACGCCAUCACCAGCCUGGUCGUCAACCCGGACAGCGCCGGCCCGCUGGUGCUGCUGAUCGUGCUGCCGCUCGCCGCCACCCUCACCGCCUUCUACGUCUGGACGCUCAACUCGCUCAACCUCACGCUCAAGGACCUGCGCGAGCGCAAGCAGCACGUCAAGGAGAACAUGUACCGCAAGCUGUGGUGGUGCAUCCUGGUCUCCAUCCUCGUUAUCUUCGGCUUCUUCUUCUUCAACUCGUUCUCGUUCGCCUCGGCCCGCGACCCGGACUACGUGCCCUUCCACUGGAAGACCCGCUGGUUCGUGCUCGACGGCUGGCUCAACAUCGUCUACUUCGCCGACGUCGUCGUCAUCGCCUACGUGUGGCGCCCCACCGCCAACAACCGCCGCUUCGCCAUGAGCGACGAGGUCGCCCAGGAGGACGACGGCACGUUCGAGAUCGCCAACCUCGACAUCGGCAACCCGGACGAGUCGGACGACGACAACGCCGACGAGGAGGCCCGCCUCGAAAGCGCCAAGGCGCACCGCAACGCCACCACCGCGACGCCGCCGGCCGCCGCCGGCCAGUCUGCCGCUGCGGGGAGCAGACAGCAGCAACAACAGCAGCAGCAGCAGACGCAGCAGCAGACGCAGACAUCCGCGGGCGGGGCGCGGAAAACGAGUCCGCCGCCGAGGGAGUCGCUCGAUGGCGAGACCAUCUUUGCCGUGGGCGAGGAUGGGGAUAAGUUCUCUGACGACGAGAGCGGCGAGGAAUCCGGGCUUGUGCACGCGAGGAAAUAAGUUAGAAGCGGCCCUUUCAAACUUUUUUCUUUUCCUUAUGGUUUGUCAGCGCGUCGGAAAGGGUCCAAACUGUCAAAAAGCGAGUUGUCGCGAUGGCGACGGGUUUCUUGGUGGCACUGCGAAAGCGCAUCGCAUACUGUUGUACUAUAGCGGUGGCGGGCGGCGUUGGAAAAGGGGGGCAUUUCGGGGUUCUUUUUUUUUUUCCCUUGCUGCAGCAUAGCUGGGUCGGUCGGGCGUACUGAGCUAAUAUACAGUGUUACAACGGUCGUAUCACGCAGCACCUGCCUGUGAUGUUUGUAUCUCACGGAUGGACAUAUCCGCGACCCCCGGAUCCACGUCCCACCCGAACGUUGAAUCAAGCAAGGUGUACGCCGGCAGACCACCAAUCCAGGAGGAAAGAAAUUGACGCCUGCAAGCGCCAUGCUAUGCUGCAUUCUCCCUUCCCCUCCUCCCGUCCCCAACCCACCUUCUUAAUUCUCUCCCCCCCUCAAGCAACAACAUCCCCACCGAACCCAACCGGCCGCCGCCGCCCCUCAUUCUCCGGCAGGAACGCCAGCGCCUUGUACACCUUGCCCAUCCCACCCGGGCCGCGAUCCACCAGCCUCCUGCACGCCCGGCGGACCGCCUCGGCUUUGUC